UAGGCCCGUUCAUGCACCGCCCUUUUAUCAAGGGUCGCAGCAAAUGGAUGCCGGUGACCUGAGCGCCUUAAUGAUGCCGGACUCUUACAACAACACUAUCCCCAACUUCUCUAGAGUUGGCUAUAGAGAGGGACAUGUCAGGAUUCCAAUGAUACCUGUUCAGAUGGUAGUCGAGCCUUCUCUUGACCUCUGCGCGGAUGAUACUUGCAGGAUUCAGGAAGCAAUCGAUUAUGUCGCAUCCUUACCAUUACAGUGCGUCGGUGAGGACGGUGCUCGUGUCAGGGGCGCAGUCUUGCUAAAGGCAGGAACUUAUCGGGUUGCCGGUGCACUCAUCAUCAAUGCCUCUGGCGUUGUCCUUAGAGGCGAGGGUCAGGAUGAGCAGGGAACGAUCAUCAUCGCCACCGGAGACAUUCAGCGCGACUUCAUUUUGGUAAACGGGAUGCUUACAUCCGACAUGGGACGUGUGGAGACACAGCGCUGCAAAGCCAGGACGAGAGAGAUGAUGCCAACGAAUGGGUAUAAAGGGAGCAGAAAGCCCGAUACAUACACUCGUUCUGGUGUGUUUGUUCCCUGCGGAGCGACACACAUUCCCGUACUAGACACUAAGGGAUAUGCUGUUGGUGAUCGCAUUGUGAUCGAACGUCCGGGCUGCGACCAAUGGAUUUGCGAUCUCGGUAUGGACAAAUUGCCGCCACGACCCAACGGGCAACCCUCAACACAAUGGACAGCGAAGUCCUUUACUUUUCGAUUCGAGCGCAAGAUUGUCGCUAUUGACCAGGCAACGAAAACAUUUAUCAUUGACGUACCCAUGGUGAUGUGUCUGGAUCCAAAGUACCCUCCAGCCCGAAUCUAUGACCUCAUCCACAAGUUCCCGACAAUUUCGGAUGUCGGUGUUGAGAACCUGCGUCUUGUUAGUGAUUGGGAUCGGAACAGCUCUGAAGACGAGAACCAUGGAUGGUAUGCCAUUCUGGUCGACAACACUAUCAACGGCUGGGUGGCUGAUGUGACAACGAUGUGCUUUGCAAGCGGUAUCUUUGCCGCUGCUUGGUCCAGAUAUGUAACUAUUCAGGAUUGCUCUGUGUUAAAUCCGGUUUCAAAGCCUUCGGAAGGAGGCCGUCGGUACAUGUUUAAUCUCAGCGGUCAGAUGGGUCUUGUUAAGCGCUGCUUCACCAAUGCUGCUCGUCAUGAUUUUAUUACGCUGGGACGCGUUUGUGGACCCAACGUUUUCGUUGACUCGACGGGGGUUGAUGCUAACAAUGAUACGGGACCUCACGAGCGUUUUGCCAUGGGAAUUUUGUACGACAACAUCACCUGCAACACCUUGAACGUGCGACAGCGAAGCUGGAUGGGAUCCGGACAAGGCUGGGCUGGUGCUUUCCAUGUUGUGUACAACUGCACAGCCAACGGAAAUAACAACUGUUUUCAGGACCCACCAGGCACAACGAACUGGAUUAUCGGAUUCAAAGGAGGACUGACUUCACGUCCUAUGUUUGAGGCGCCUCGAACGAGAGUCAUAUCUCACAACCGUCCAGUUCAACCUCGCAGUCUUUACUGGGCGCAGUUGAUUGAGCGUAUGGGAGGAGACAUUCAGCGAGUGAAGCGCAUCUGUGGCAUCGAAGGCAGGUUGCAGUAUGCUCCACGGUGUUAAGCUGACUUGUAUAUAUCCAAAUAUCCAAUACAAAAUGACCUUGAGUAGCAUUGAAAUUGAAGCUUGAA